AUCUUCAAAGAUGGCUGCACACACAUUGAACAUAUAUAUGUUGUCAUUAGGACGAAUGCAUUGUCACAUUUAUGGAAGGAAUGUGCAUAAGGCGUUAAAUCGGGCCACAUACGCAACCGCCUUAUCUACCAAUAAUUCUAGUCCAAAUAAGGGUUUUCCUGACAGAGGUAGUAGAGGACCUAUAAUCAGAAGACCAAGGAGAGAGGAGGGUGAGCCCAGGAAAGACAGGAUGCCAGUAGACCAAGACUGGACUGCAGUGUAUCCGACCGCUGCUCCAUUCAGACCGGGUUCUGUGCCCCUUCCUGUCCGCAUGGGCUUCCCAGUAAAGAGAGGGGUGCCUCCGGAGAAGAAGGGCAACCUGGAACUCAUCAAGAUUCCAAACUUUUUGCAUUUAACUCCAACUGCCAUAAAGAAACAUUGUGAAGCUAUGAAAUUGUUCUGCACAGAGUGGCCCUCUGCUCUGGACACCAAUGUGAAAUGUGAUGAACACUUCCCCAUCAAAAUAGAGUGCAAAGACUAUGUGUCAGCCGGCACCUCGAUCAGAAACCCAUCUGCCAGAAUAGUCAACCUCAGAGUAAAGCUGUCCAGUCUGAACUUAGACGACCACGCCGGGAAGAAGAUGGUUAAGCUGUUGGGAGAGAGGUACUGCAAAGAGACUGACAUUAUCACCAUCAUCACAGACAGCUGCCCUGUGAGACAGCAGAAUUAUGACUACGCCAUGUACCUCCUGACUGUCCUCUAUCAUGAGUCUUGGAAAACGGAGGCCUGGGAGUCUGAGAAGACUGUGGCAGACAUGGAGGAGUACAGUUGGGAGGACAGCCCCUCUCAGAAGAAUGCCCUGUCCACAUUGGUUCGCAUGCAGAUAGCAGGGGAAGUGGAGGGAGACGCGGUGAGGGACAAACUUUUGGGGAGACCGGAGGUGCAGGAGUACAGGGAGUCUGUGAUCAGACUGAUGAAUGAGGGAGAGAGCGAGAGCAGCAUUCUCCAGUACAGGGAGGCUGUGAAGAAACUACUCAAACUGUAAAAUGUAUUUGUCUAAACACACACUGACACAAGUAUGAGCAGUAGUAUAAAAUGUAUUUGUCUAAACAC